CAUGUGAGAAAGAUGUUUUGCAUGAAAGCUAAUCUCUAACAUACAGCGCGAUAAGAAGAAUCUCUUGCCAGAGAUUGGAAGAAGCUCCGAGGCCACAGAGUUACUUCUUUUGUCUUCUUCAAAUUACCUUCCUACUGUGUCGAGUUGCCCAGUAACACGUCAGACAUGAUGAUGACUCUGUUCCAACUCCUGUUAUUCACAGGUGAAGAACACUACAACUGCAUCUCAGCCCUGCAUAAGUCAAUGAGGGGUUCGGAUGAAAACGCUGCCCUCUACUGGCUGGGCCGGAUGUUGGAGGGAGGUGAGGACCCGCUGUACGUGGCACGCAGGCUGGUGCGCUUUGCUAGCGAGGAUGUAGGUUUGGCCGAUCCCUCUGCGCUCACUCAGGCCGUGUCUGCGUUCCAGGCCUGCCACUUCAUCGGCAUGCCCGAGUGCGAGGUAAUCCUAGCACAGUGUGUGCUCUACCUGGCCAGGGCUCCUAAGUCUGUUGAAGUGUAUAAAGCUUAUAACAAUGUUAAGGCAUGUCUGAGGAACCACAAAGGGCCUUUACCCCCCGUGCCGCUUCACCUCCGCAACGCUCCCACCAAGCUAAUGAAGGAGCUAGGCUACGCUAAAGGCUACAAAUACAACCCGGCAUUCAACGGCCCAGUGGACCAAGAAUAUCUCCCUGAGGAGCUCCGCGGCAUCAACUUUUUCACCUGGACGCCAUCUGACUGAUAAACUCGCACCACUUUUUGUACGUGGGAGUACUGGCUGCUUUAUUUACCCUUUUGCCACUGUUCGUCUGUCUAAUUAAUAAUUACACAGUCUGCACUUAAAUGGCAUGUGCGGUCUUCGUUCAUGACCAGCUUUUGUCACUUAUCAUAUUAAGUUUACUUUUAUUGUUUUUGUAAUUAGCAUACUCUAAAGUUUUUGUAAGUAAUUGUAAUUAACAGACUUUAAUUUAAAAAAAAGACAAAUUUUGUUUUCUUGUUGUGCCAUGUUAGUUUCUUUUUCUUACUUUUUUCUGAAUUUAUUUCUUACACUGUCUUUUCUAUGGAUUUUUUUUGUUUUGUACAUUUUUUUCUUUCUGAAAUUUUUUU